AUGUACUCUUCUUCCCACCCCUCGCCGAGCGGGAACUGGCGGCCCUGCGGGAGGCGGCCAAGGUCGUGCUCGUGCGGCCAGGCGACGUCUACCUAUUGCGAAGGCGUGGCGCACACCGUCCUCUGCGUGGGCGAGGACAUCAACCUGAGCGCCUACGAGUCGUUCGUCUCACUAACCCCCGCCCACGUCGAGCACUUCAUGCGCACUGGGCUGAAACACGAUCCCUCGCACGUCGAGGGGGCGAUGCCCGAUGACGAGCUGGAAGAUAUCUUCGACGAGUGCCUGGACCAGCUGGAGGGCGCGGCGAAACAGCUGGCUGCUGGCGGGCCCGAGCGCCUGAGGGGCAGGGGCGCCACUGUGCAAGAGUGGGCCGAAGCGCUGGUCGAGCUGCAGCGGGACAAGGGGCUGCAGCUGGAGCUGCGGAGGAACUUCGCCCGCGCCGUGGAGCUCUGCCGGGCGAACGCCUUCAUGAAGGAGCACAUGGCGGAUCUCGUGCUGCGGGCCGCCCACGGGCUCGCCCGCGAGCACACGCUGAAGGGCCGAACGCCUCCGCCGGCCAGGUCCAGCCCGGUGGGGCCGGGCAGGUCGCGGUCGAGGUCGCGGUCCGGCUGCACCUCGGGGACCACGGCCCAGUCGCGCUCGCGCAGCGCGCCCCGCGCUGCGGCGCUGGCCGCAUCCAGCGAGUCCGAGUGA